CGGGCCCCGACCAGUCCGUCGUACGCCGCGCUCCGGGACGCACACUAUGUGACGGCGAGCACCUCGGCCCGCACCAUGGCCACCAACCCCACCAAGCUGGACUACUCCCGCCUGCUGGACGACGAGUUCCUGAACCGCGGCGAGCGCGUGCGCGUGCACACUGUGACGCGGGGCGCGGCCACCGUGCUGGGCUCCUCGGCGUCGCUGGAGUGGCGGGACGCGCAGGGCGUGUCGGCGCGAUGCACCACCGCCCUGCUCAAGGCGGCGCUCGCCCUCGCCCUCAUGGCCGCCCUCACCUUCGUCGCGCUGCUCAUCAUGGCGCACCAGCAGCACAGCCACCUGCGCGUGCUGGCCAUGCCCGUGCAGGCCGAGGCCGCCGGGGCCGCCCAGGCACGGCCCUCGCUCCUGGAGCACGGCGAGAAGGGCACCACGCUGCACGACUUCGUCCUGCACGGCGGCUUUGAGAGCUCCCUCGAGGACGAGGAACACCCGCACGACAUCCACGACCACGUGCUGCCCGGCGACGUGGUCGUGGAGGACCACCACAUCGUGUCGGCAGACGAGCCAGAGCCGACGCGGCACGCCGUGGUCGUGUGCCUCCCGCUGGCCAUCGCGAAGCACGUCCCGACCUCCACCGCCACCCCCGUCAACGCCCACAACGCCACGGACUCGACGGCGUCCUUCCCCCUGCACCUGAGCCGCCACCAGCGCGACGUGGUGCAGUCCGUCACGGAGUACCUCUCGGCCUCGGCGAGGUGUCACGUCGUGGUGCUGCGAGGCGUGGAUGACGAAGAGGCCACGGCCUCCACCACGGCCUCCACGGCGUCGACUGCAGCGACUGGCAGUCCGUCGGCCGCGGGGAUGUUCGGCCACUUCAGCCACUCCGGGUGCGGCGCGUGGUCCGGAGAGGACGAGGACGCCGCCGGCGCGGAGCACGGCGGCACCCUGGCGCUGCCCGGCGGCAAGGUGGUGCCCGUGGUGCUGUGGGACGCGCCCGCCCUGUUCGCCAGGUCGCCGCUGGCCGAGGUCUGGAGGGACCUCCACUGGCGGAAGGCCAAAGGAGCCUCCGCGGCCUCCUCCGCGAUCGACGUCCUCGACUUGGCGGCGCGGCUGCAGCUGCUGUGGCGCUACGGAGGGGUCUCCGUGGACCUGCAGUCGUCCGCCGACCAGGUCCUUAAGACGCUGAGCGCGUUCAACCGCACCGACUCGAGCCACGUCUACUUGGAGACGACCAGGGGCACGCUCAUCGCCGCGCCGCAGACGUGCAACGCCGUCGUGUUCGACCUCAUCCAGGCCAUCGCCAGGCACGCCAGGCACUUCGCGCCGCCGCAGGACCACCCCCACUACGACGACGCCGACUUGAGGGUGUUUGACGGCGUCCUCAACGACUACUGCCGCAGCAAGAGGACGACGCGCCACGAGUCCACGACUCCUGCGGCCAGCGAUGUGCCGCCCUCGUUCGCGGAUCAUCCGUCAAGCACCGCGGCGUCUACUGCCACGGCCUCCGGCACCACGGCGUCCACCACUCCGUCGUCCGUCUCCUCCGCGCCCACCACCACCAGGUCACUCCUGUUGGCCAGGAUGAAGGGGGUGGCGGCCUUCGGGCAGCUGCGGGCCGGCCCGCCCCCUGCCAGCACCACCCCGCACCCCGAACCGGAGGACAUCCACCUGGACACGACGCGGUGCAGGGGCAACCUGGUGGCCAUUUCUCUCUCUUAAUAAACUAGUCCGUAUUUUCAUAACA